AUGGGUCCUGGUGCACGCAGAGAUACCCUUGACGACCAUUUUGGUUACUAUAAUUGGAAAAAGGUGACUAACUCCGGUAUCAGCUUAUUGAGUAAGAUAAAGACCGCAAUCCCCGAGCGUGAACAACACCAACACGACUUUGACGAGUUCAACCAUGUGCUAAGCGAAGAACGACCGAGUGAAGUAGUUCAGUGGCAAGAAGUUGUUGAAAACUGGGAGUCUGACCAUUCGAGCAAAAAUCUGUUUGAGAUAACGACUGUCUCUAUGACGCUGGCUGCCGUGCAUCUCAAACUAUCUCAACAGGAAGCAGAUGACCUCGAAAAUGGAUUCAACAAUUCAUUGCAUGCGGAUAUCUCACCCAGUGUACUGAUAUCAUCUGGAAUCGACCUCGAAGAACAACAGUAA